AUGACCCGUAGCCAGUCAGGAGGUUUACUGCCGUUGAAUCCAGAGAUUGACCGCACCUGUCGCCAACUCAGGAGACAACAGCGAGCUAGACUGGCUACGAAAGAGCGCCUAGACGGCCACUUGAGUAGCGAUUCUGAAGAAGAGUACUGGAUGGACGGAGACUACAAUCAGCACCAGGGGAAUCUUCAGCAGGCUCCCCCGGUGAAUCAGGUCCUGGGGAACAACCCCAUACCCCAAGAUCAUGGAGUUCAUCAUCCACCGCAGCCGGGUCCCACCUUGGAGUACUACUACACUCCUCGGAUUGCUGACAUCCGCCCGGUCAUCCUCUACCCGCCUAUUCCAGCAAACAACUUCGAGAUCAAGCCAUGCUGGAUUCAGCUCAUUACAUCCUCUAUCCAGUUCCAUGGCUUGAAGGAUGAGGAGGCCAGGGUGCAUCUUUCCCGUUUUCUGCAGCUGACGAACGGGUUCAAGCUGAAUGGUGUCCCGGAUGAUGCAAUCCGCCUUCAUCUCUUCCCCCAUUCUCUGGCGGGGAAUGCUAAGAGGUGGUUGGAGACCCAGCCCCCAUUGUCCAUCACCUCUUGGGACGAUCUGGCUGAGAAAUUCGUGCACAGGUACUAUCCGGCAUCGAAGACUACAGAGAUCCAGCGGGAGAUCACUCACUUCCGCCAAGAGCCAGAUGAGUCACUUCGUGAUGCAUGGGAGCGGUACAUGGGAUAUUUCUGGCAGUGUCCCCAUCAUGGCUUUAGUGAUGCAUUCACAGUGGGGAACUUCUACAGUGCUCUCUCUCCAGAAAGCCAGAGGGUGAUUGAGUCUCUAUGCCCAGGAGGGGAUAUUCUUACUAAGACUCCACCCGAGCUUAACCAGAUGAUCAGUACUUUGGCUGCCAGAGAUCAUUCUUGGGGACAGAGCAGCAGAGGCAGACAGUCCCGGGACCGUGGUGUGCACGCCAUGGAGACCAGAUCCGGGCUCGAGCAGCAGGUAGCUAAGCUAGUGCAGACAUUGAAUCAGCCCAACAGUCUUAUUCAGAGCAGAGGUGUGGCUACACCUCCAGUAGCUCAAUGUCAGUGGUGUGAGAGCUCCAAUCACCUAGUGGAGGACUGCCAGGUUAUGAGGGAGUCUACCACACCCCAGGAGCAGUUGGCCUUCAUCGCCAAUGCGCGGCGCCUCGAUCCGUACAGUGGCACAUAUAAUGAGGGGUGGCGCCAGCAUCCCAACUUUGCAUGGAGCAGCAACACCACUAAACCACCUGGUUUCCUAGCACCAGCUGGUGGUUUUCAGCAGAGGCAGCCCUUCCAGGCUCGACAGGGGCCAGCCCCACAGCAACAGCCCUACCAGCCUAGGCAGGGGCAACCAUUCCAGCAGCCCCAGCGCCAGUUUGCCGAGCCAGCAGCAGCCCCUGCCCCAGAUGACCGGAUGACAAAGCUGGAAAAUAUUCUAGCUUCAUUCAUGACUAGCACUCAGGCUGCUAUCACGUCACUGGAGGCAGGUCAGCGGAACCAGGGUGCCAUUUUGCAGGAUCUGCAGACCCAGGUGGGCAUCUUGGCCCGCCAAAACACCACCAGGGCGCCGGGGACUCUGCCUGCCACCACUAUCCCGAAUCCUCGGGAUCCUCACCAGCUCCAGCAGCUGGAUGCCAUUUUUACCAGGAGCGGUAAGACCAUAUCUACUGAUCCUGUCCCGGCCAGACAGGAGGAACCACUACCUGCUUCAGCACUUCCAGCCGACGAUGCAGAAGUGCGGGUGGAGAAGGAAGCCCCUGCUCCCAAGCCACAACCAGUGGUUAAGGAGCAUGUACCCCAGCUUCCCUUCCCCACUCGCCUACACAAAGACAAGUUGGAGACUGAGUUUGCCAAGUUUAUGGCAAUGUUGAAGCAGCUCAACAUCAGCAUACCGUUAGUGGAGGCACUGUCAAAGAUGCCCAAGUAUGCCAAGUUCAUGAAGGACCUCCUCACCAACAAGAAGAAACUUGGGGAUCUUUCGACAGUGAUGCUGAGCGAGGAGUGUUCUGCCAUCCUGCAGAACAAGCUGCCCGAGAAGCGAAAAGACCCAGGGAGUUUCACUAUCCCUCUUGUUAUUGGCAGCAUGCAUGUAGGAAAGUCCUUGGCGGACCUAGGCGCAAGCAUAAAUGUCAUGCCUUAUAAUUUGUUUAAGAAGCUAGGCCUAGGUGAACCUAGAACUACUAGGAUGAGCAUUCAGUUAGCUGAUCGUUCUAUCGUGCAUCCUAGGGGUAUCAUUGAGGACUUGCUUGUUAAUGUGGGUGCAUUCACAUAUCCUGUUGACUUUGUUAUUUUGGAUAUAAAUGAGGAUAUGGAUGUACCUUUGAUUUUACGUAGACCGUUUCUCGCCACCGCCAAGGCACUUAUUGAUGUGCAUGAUGGUAAAUUGAUCUUGCGUGCUGGGAAUGAACAGACUACUUUUUCUGUGACUGAAUUUGAUCACUGUGCUAUGAUUGCUGUCACGCCUGUACAUGCCAUUUCUGAUCAGGUGCACGAGCCUGUCGUGUAUCCUUCUGCACCUCUCAUUUUGCAGGACCCACCUAUCAUUUCUUCGCCGCCACUCCAUCCAGUCUCGCCUCCGAACAAAAAGCUCAAGGAGGAGUGGCGGCCGAAGCAGCAGGUUGCUAAGCCUGCACGGAAGAAGAGUGGAGACCACUAUGGGCUGGUCCCACCUCCUGCACCACGACCACCCUGGCCGUCCGGGUACUCACUCGCCUGCAUCUUGCCAGAUGGCCAGGUGGAGCUGACCGAUGAUGGUGGUCGCAUCUGUCGGGUGCAUGGCUACAACCUGAAGCUGUACCUCAAGAGCGACGUGGAUCCGCUCUUGGAGGCACCUGUUCCUUCACCUCCCUGA